AGAAACAAGGAUCUCGUGUGCAUCCUUCUCCAGAGCAAACCAAAGAUGGUCCAACUUGGGAGCCUUGUUGUCUUGUGUGGCCUGCUCAUUGGGAACUCAGAGUCACUUCUUGGUCGACUUGGCAGAGCUGUGAAUGAUUUGAACGUUCUGAAUCCUUCCUCUGGAGGUGACCCUCAGAGCCUGAAUCUGGAUGUGCAGUCGCUUCAGCAAGCCACAAGUUGGCCAAUAGCCAAGAACAACAUUCUAGAAACAUUGAACACAGUGGACCUUGGCAAUUUAAAAGACUUUACAUCUGUGAAUAGCUUAUUGUUGCGAAUCAAUAAUCUCAGAGUCCUGGAUCUUCAAGCUGCUCCAUCUUCCGAUGGAAAAGGCGUUGAGCUGAAGCUGCCCCUGGCUGCGGAGGUCUCCUUGAUUCUGCCGGGCAUUGGCAAGACGGUCGACCUUUCUGUUUCCUUGGACCUCAUAAAUUCACUGUCUAUUCAAAACAAUGCCCAGACUGGCCUUCCUGAGGUGACCAUAGGCAAAUGCGUCAGUAAUACAAAUAAAAUCUCCAUUUCCUUGUUGGGAAGACGAUUAGCCAUUAUCAACAGUAUUCUGGAUAAUGCCUCUGCCCUCCUUACAAGAACAGUGUCAAUCGUCCUGCAAAACAUCCUAUGUCCAGCGCUUCACUACAUCCUCAGCGUAAUGAAUCCAAGUGUUCUUCAGGAUAUCAUCUCUAAUCUACUGACAGGACAGUUACCAGUUUCCCUCUGAAGAGGAAGAACAGGAGGAUGCCACAACACCUCUGCUGGUUACUCUUCAGUGGUUUCAUCUUACUUCUGGUGACAUUUCUCUCUAGAAAGUGCUAGUAUCAUCCACACAAAUUCUACCCGAGACCACCCAAAGGACCCUCCCAAAUUCCCUUCCUCUCUGAGUAGUCUCCACACCUGUUACCACCAACCCAGCAUUAAAAUCCUAACUGCA